UUACAGACCAAAAACAAACGACCGUCCUUCCGUCUCCUGCUCCCCCAGUUUCCGGAAGAUCGCUGUACAAUGAUGGGGAAAAUGGAAUCCUGAGACCGUACCCAACUAUUCAAGCGAAUUUGUGAGAAUAAAACUACCAAAGUCCAAGAUAACGAAUAACGACACAAAUACAAGACAGCAGCAGGAUCGUGGUGACUCAGCGAUAGACAGCGUUUAUCUCCAGCUUCUCUCCCUUCGACACCUGAUGGAGGGCUCCGACAGUUCCGAGCCGGGCGCCAGUGACCAACCAGAGGCCCAGCGCAGGCGGCAACGGGACCGGCUAGACCGGGAGGAGGCCUUCUACCAGUUUGUCAACAACCUGAGUGAGGCAGACUACCGGCUGAUGAGAGACAACAAUCUGCUGGGUACCCCAGGUGAGAUCACAGCGGAGGAGUUGUUGAGUCGGCUGCAGCAGAUUAAGGAUGGGCCAGAGCAGCAGCAGCAGCCUAGCAUCAACACCAGUGAGACUGGAGAAGCUACAGGAGAACUGGCAGAAGGUCCAGAGGACCCGUCUAACGGCGACACCCUCUUGGAUUGGCUGAACACCGUCAGGCGGACAGGCAACACCACCCGCAGUGGUCACCGAGGAAACCAGUCGUGGCGGGCGGUGAGCCGGACCAACCCAAACAGCGGAGACUUCCGGUUCAGUCUGGAGAUCAACGUUAACCGUAACCUGGCGGAGCAGCAGGCCCGCGCGGAGGGGGAGGCGCAGGAGGAGGCGCAGGGGGAGGAGCAGCAGGCCCGCGCGGAGGGGGAGGCGCAGGAGGAGGAGCAGCAGGCCCGCGCGGAGGGGGAGGCGCAGGAGGAGGCCGCAACAAGAGCACCUGACAAUGUGGUGGAGGUCCUGCCUGAGGCGGGGACGGAGGUACCCAUGGAGACAGGAGAGGUGCUGGAGGAACCCGUUGUGGAAGAGCUGGCUGUCAUAGUGGAACCAGAAGUGGAGAUGGAGCCAGAGGCUGAAGUAGAAGCUGAGCCAGAACUAGAAGCAGAGAUGGUCCCAGAGUUAGUAGUAGAGGUAGUCCCACAGCCGCCCAGCCCUGUCACCACCACCCCUCCUGUCUCCAGACCAGCCAGUCCCCUGGUGCAGGCCCCUCCAGCCACCCCGGCCCCUGCCCCUCCCAGCCCUCCCCCUGAGGAGCCUCCGCGACGUGGCCAGAGACGAGCCCGCAGCCGUAGCCCCGAGCAGCGCCGGACCAGGGCUCGCACCACACGGAGCCGUUCCCCCCUCACCCUGGACCGACUGGACGGCCUCCCCCGCCACGUGCCCAACGCCGCCCCUUCACACAGCCCCCCCACCCUGCCCCCCCAGGCCCCCGCAGAGGGAAGCUCACGGACUCGACAGCAUGUUCUGUCCCGGCAGAGCACCGCAGAGUACGAGGUCCAGUCAGCCGGAACAGGGUCUGAGACCGCCCCAGAGCCCGUUACCACCCCACCCCAGGAGGGAGAGGCCGCGGGCGGGGAGGGAGCAGCGGGACGACGUCCCCCCACCAUCAUGCUGGACCUGCAGGUGCGCCGAGUUCGUCCAGGUGAGUACCGCCAGAGGGACAGCAUUGCUAACAGAACCCGCUCACGCUCCCAGAACUCCAACAACACCUUCCUGUACGAGAGUGAGAGGGGGGGAUUCCGCAGGACCUUCUCCCGGUCCGAGCGCGCGGGUGUGAGGACGUACGUCAGCACCAUCAGGAUCCCCAUCAGGAGGAUCAGUGACGCGGGGUUGGGAGAGGCCACCUCCAUGGCUCUGCAGACCAUGAUACGACAGAUCAUGACCGGCUUCGGAGAGCUCAGCUACUUCAUGGACUCGGACUCGGAAUCCUCGGACUCAAACCGUGGCGGUGGUAACCCCACUGGCGCUGCCGACCUGGCCGAGGCGCUCAACACUCCCGACGGGGGAGUAGCCGGUAUGGCGGACGGGGCGGAGCCUCCUGUCUCAGUGAGCGGGCAUAGUAUGGGAGGAGCCGGUGAGGCAAGGACAGAGGAGAGGGAGGGGGAGGACGGGAUUGGUCUGGGUCUGGCCCCAGGGAUAGGUUUAGGGGUGGGGGGCACCCCCAGGGAGGGGCGAGCUCGGCCCCGUGCCCCCAUCAGUUUGGAGGAACCGGGGUCACUACCCUUCCUCCGCCUUGCUCACUUCUUCCUCCUGAAUGAUGAGGACGAGGAACAGCCCAGAGGACUCACCAAGGAGCAGAUCGACAACCUCUCCACCAGGAACUUUGGGGAGAGUGACGCUCUGAAGACCUGCAGUGUGUGUAUCACAGAGUAUGCUGAGGGGAACAAGUUGAGGAAGUUGCCCUGUUCUCAUGAGUACCAUGUUCACUGUAUCGACCGCUGGCUGUCUGAGAACUCCACCUGUCCUAUCUGCCGCAGGGCCGUGCUGGUGUCUGCUAACCGGGAGAGUGUGGUCUAACCUGGAGAGCUAGAGGUCAGGGGUCAGCGGUGCUCCAGGCAGACGGCUCCAGUAUAUAACAUCGUGUCAGUUCUGCAGGCCCUUCUCCUAGUCAGACCAUUUACAUUGUUCGUGUUUUUCAUUCUUAAGCCAUCAGUGAGUUUUAUCCAACUGACAUGCCGGUGUUUGGACAGACUGACAGACAAGACCGAGUCUAGACUGACAGGAAGGAAGGUGAUGUCCUCAUAGACUCUGUAGGAAGAGACGUGAGAAAGAGAUGCAACUGUCUCCUGUUGGCUAACAGAAACCCAACUCUCCCUUGCCUGUCUUACCCCAACAGGGACUCCACUGUCCCCACCUCACCCUGCUCUCCACCUGAAAGAUGAACUGCAUUUAUCAACACUCUGGAACGGCUCACAGACUGUCAGUGUGUCAAAGCUUGCUGAAUCCGUUUUUAAGUUAACACUGUGGAAUGUUGUACAGGCUUUAAUGGGGAGAACAAGAUGUGACGGACUUGGAUUCUUAGCUAUCAGUUUAUUUGGAAUCGUAUUGCGUCAUAUUCAGGACAUCGGACCAAUAGUACUGAUUGUUGAUUUACGUUGAACCGUCGUUGAGAUGGGAUGUAGGUAUCUGUUAACUGAUGCUAGUGUGUAGUCUGACUCUAGCCCAUCACCAUGAAGCAUCGAUCUGGCCUGUUUCUAUUUCUGCCCUCUGACAGUGUUUCAUCAUGACCUGGCCUGUGUACACAAAGCAUAUCACAGUAUCAGUGGGGGAUCUAGGAUCAGUCCGUCAGUGGGGAUCUAGGAUCAGUCCAUUAUUGGGGAUCUAGGAUCAGUCCGUCAGUGGGGAUCUAGGAUCAGUCCGUCAGUGGGGAUCUAGGAUCAGUCCGUCAGUGGUGAUCUAGGAUCAGUCCGUCAGUGGGGAUCUAGGAUCAGUCCAUUAUUGGGGAUCUAGGAUCAGUCCGUCAGUGGGGAUCUAGGAUCAGUCCGUCAGUGGGGAUCUAGAAUCAGUCCGUCAGUGGGGAUCUAGGAUCAGUCCAUUAUUGGGGAUCUAGGAUCAGUCCAUUAUUUGGGAUCUAGGAUCAGUCCAUUAUUGGGGAUCUAGGAUCAGUCCAUUAUUGGGGAUCUAGGAUCAGUCCAUUAUUGGGGAUCUAGGAUCAGUCCAUUAUUGGGGAUCUAGGAUCAGUGGUGAUCUAGGAUCAGUCCGUCAGUGGGUAUCUAGGAUCAGUCCAUGAUUGGGGAUCUAGGAUCAGUCCAUGAUUGGGGAUCUAGGAUCAGUCCGUCAGUGGGGAUCUAGGAUCAGUGGUGAUCUAGGAUCAGUCCGUCAGUGGUGAUCUAGGAUCAGUCCAUUAUUGGGGAUCUAGGAUCAGUCCGUCAGUGGUGAUCUAGGAUCAGUCCAUUAUUGGGGAUCUAGGAUCAGUCCGUCAGUGGGGAUCUAGGAUCAGUCCAGUCCAUAUAAUCUUAUUCAUUAUGACCUAAAAGGGCCAACUGAUCCUAGAUCAUCACUCCUACUCUGGGACACUUUAUGGAUACGGGCCCUGAAUGAUGACGACGACCUCCUAGUGAUCCUAACCCUGUCACCAUGACAACCUGUUGGUUCUGCUACCAUGUGACCAGGAAGUGAACAGAGGGCUGCAUUAUGGCUUCGUCUCCACCACCCUAUCUCUAUAUAGGGAAUAGUGACAUUUGGGAAUCACAUUUAUGGGUUCCAUGUGUUGGUUAGACCCAGGCCAGGUUAGACCCCUGCCAGGUCAGACCCCUGCCAGGUCAGACCCCGGCCAGGUUAGACCCAGGCCAGGGUUAGACCCCUGACAGGCCAGACCCCGGCCAGGGUUAGACCCCUGCCAGGCCAGACCCCGGCCAGGGUUAGACCCAGGCCAGGGUUAGACCCAGGCCAGGCUGCUGCCUCUGUCCUGUGUUUUGGCCUAGAACUUCUACCACCAAGAGACAUCUUUAUUUCUGGAACACCAGUGCAAUAACUACAAAGUGGGAAAACUGAAGAAGUGUAAUAUUCUAAACUUGUAUAUUAUUUCUAAAAUAUUGUAGACUGAAUAUUCACAGUUAAAAUGAAGACUUGUUCCCUUUUUAAAAAUGUGUUAAGCUUUUUAUUUUCUAGAGCUGGGUUCUUUCUGUACAUUCUGAUAGCACUAUUCCUUGGCGAGCGGUGGGCCUGUAGGAUGAUGUACGUUGGCUGUACACACACAGAGACGGAGGGUUGCCAUGAUGACAUCACAUUAUUCUAUAGGUUCCAUGUGUUCUCACGGUUGCCGUCGUUACCUCCUCCCUGUAUAAAUAAAGUUUUGGGUGGUUGAA